AAAACAGGCAGGGGGGUUAGUGGCAUUUGGAUUAUAGGAGAGCUGUUGUUUUUCUAAUCCUAACCCACAUUUGUACUUUCCUCUUUAUCAUGUCGACGUUUGCAAGCAAUAAAAGGGCAUUAUGUGCUGGUCAUUGCAUCUGCUCUUGAGAUAAAUCUGUGUUAGCAUUCCAAAGGGUCAAGGAACUCUUCCAGGGCAAACAAAUUCUGGAGCACUGAUGCCAGAUGGUGUGUGUAUAUAAAGUGGAAAAUGAGAAAAGCAAUUUACUGUGUUCCUGUUCCAGGGAGAAGUAUCACCCGGGAAGACAAUAGAAGAGGAAAAAGAACUGGACAAUGCUCAGGUUUGCCGUCACCCUCUUUGCUGUCAUAACGUCAUCCACCUGCCAAAAAUAUGGAUGCCUGGAAGGGGACACCCAAAAACCGAAGCCAAGUCCUGAGUCAGAUAUGCAGGAGUGCACUCUGUACUCUAAAUCUUCGUGUUGCUAUGCAGACUUCACAGAGCAGUUGGCUCACUCCCCAGUAAUUAAAGUAAGCAACAGCUACUGGAACAGAUGUGGGCAGCUCAGUAAAUCCUGUGAAGAUUUCACAAAGAAAAUCGAGUGCUUUUACCGGUGUUCUCCACAUGCUGCUCGCUGGAUCCACCCCAAUGACACCGCUGCUAUUCAGGCUGUUCCACUGUGCCAAAGCUUUUGUGAUGACUGGUACGAAGCCUGCAAAGAUGACUCCAUAUGUGCUCGUAACUGGCUGACGGACUGGGAAUGGGAUGAAAGUGGAGAAAACCACUGUAAGGAUAAAUGUAUUCCAUACAGUGAGAUGUAUGCAAAUGGGACUGACAUGUGCCAGAAUAUGUGGGGGGAGUCAUUUAAGGUGAGCAAAUCCUCCUGCCUCUGCUUGCAAAUGAACAAGAAGGACACGAUUGCAAUCAAGUAUCUCCUCUCCAAGAGCUCAGAGGAAAGCUCCAGCAGCAGCAGCAGCAGCAGCGAGGAGCACGCCUGCCAAAAUAAACUCCUGAAGUUUCAGAAACCAGAGGAAGAGGAAGGUGAACAGACAAGAUAAAUGCUAGUGGAUGUAUGUCAGGACAAGAGAAAUCAUCAUGGAGGCUGGGCUCAGGGCAUCAUGCCAGCCUGCUUUAUUCCUUGCUUCCUAGAACAUAAUAAAUCAAUGGCUGGUUGUAUUAA